GCCACGUUUGCCCUUUCUAGGGUUUAUCUUCCAAGCCUGAGUCUGGACUGUCGACUCCCCAUAUAUAGCUUUGCAUCUGCCGCCAUAGCCAAACCUUCGGAGCUGUCCUCUCUCGUCUCAGGAUUUAGAAGCUCUCUGAGAGGUUCAAAAUGAGUAAGCUUCAGAGUGAUGCACUUAGAGAAGCUAUCUCCGGGAUCAAGAAUGAUUCCAAUGAAAAGAAGAAGAAGUUCGUCGAAACCAUUGAGCUUCAGAUCGGGCUGAAGAACUAUGAUCCCCAAAAGGAUAAGCGUUUCAGUGGUUCCGUGAAGCUACCCCACAUCCCUCGCCCUAAGAUGAAGGUUUGCAUGCUCGGUGAUGCUCAGCACGUUGAAGAGGCUGAGAAGAUUGGGCUCGAUUAUAUGGAUGUUGAGGGGCUGAAGAAGCUGAACAAGAACAAGAAGUUGGUCAAGAAGCUUGCUAAAAAGUACCACGCCUUUUUGGCAUCAGAAGCUGUGAUUAAGCAGAUCCCUCGUCUUCUUGGCCCUGGUUUGAACAAGGCAGGGAAGUUCCCCACCCUUGUUACUCACCAGGAGUCACUCGAGUCCAAAGUGAAUGAGACGAAGGCCACCGUCAAGUUCCAGCUGAAGAAGGUGCUCUGCAUGGGUGUCGCGGUCGGGAACGUCAGCAUGGAGGAAAAGCAAAUCUUCCAGAACGUUCAGAUGAGCGUGAACUUCUUGGUCUCUUUGCUGAAGAAGAACUGGCAAAACGUCAAGUGCCUUCACUUGAAGAGCACCAUGGGAAAGCCGUACCGCGUAUUCUGAGCUCGUUUUUAUUUAUUCUCUAUCAUCAAGAGGGAGUUAGUAGGGUGGUAAUACUGGAAAAGUUGUGUUCAUGUCCUUUGAUGUCUGCCAAUUUGGUCAGAAUUUUUUGGUUUUCAAUCGAACUAUUAUAAAUGUAAGACUACCUUUCAGCUUUCUUGUUGGAAUGACCAAGUUUUGCCCCGUG